GUGUGUUAGGGUAGAGGUGAGGGGAGUCUGCCCAGGGGACCAAGUGUGUCAGUACCACCACUGAUUUUCACAUGUUAUUACAUCACCGCCAUUAACCUAGUCCAUUUUUGGAAAAUUUACAAUAGCUGGAAAUGUAGUAACUUUUUCCAUUUUCUUCUGAUGAAGCAUUUCCACAGUAGUUCAUACUGAUAAACUAAAAUACAACGAAUGAUGUCACCACUCUCUACUCUUUUCUUUUAAAAAUAAUCACUGACACAUUCAGAGUGCGAGUCAGGUGCAUUGGCCCACCUCAUCUCCAAGGCAACAGUGACUGUAUUACUGUAAUCCGGUCGAUACCACGCCCUCGAGAGGUGUGUCCAAGAACGUCAUUGUUAUUGAAGCAGGCACGCCCCGCCCACUGUCAGGAGAACUGUCUGACACGGAUCAGUUGGUACUACACAAGCAGCACUGCGGAUCGAGGAGAGCCCUGCGUCUAUCAACCUCCAUGCUACUUCUAGCAAACGCGCUUACAACCGACUGACCGACUGUCUGCUCGAUCCUGUAUCUAGGGAAUCCCGGGCACAGAACGCCCUUUGGGAAUACACAGCGAAUAUGUCAAGGAAUCAGAGGACGCCUCUGAAAAAUACGGACAAUUUGGUGGAGGUGAAGAGUAAAUAUGAGGCCGAGUACAGGCGCUUCGCCCUCAAGAGGACCAACAAUGGUGGGUUCCAGGAGUUCUACAAGCUGCUGCAGAACAUUCACCGCAUCCCCGGCGUGGAUGUGCUCCUCGGUUACGCCGAUAUCCAUGGCGACUUGCUGCCGAUUAAUAACGACGACAACUUCCACAAGGCUGUGACUUCGGCCAACCCUCUGCUAAGAAUCAUCAUCCAAAGAAGAGGUACGAAAAAAACAGAUGAGGACGAGCCAGUUGUCUUUGCCACCAACUCCUUGCAGAGGAGGAGGAAGGGCCUGGCAGGCCUGCGCUCCACCCAGCAGAAGUCCAAGCAGCAGCUGAUCAUUGGCAUGCCGCAGGACUUCCGGCAGAUCUCCUCCAUCAUCGACGUGGACAUCCUGCCCGAGACGCAUCGCCGCGUGCGCCUGCACAAGCACGGCACCAACAAGCCGCUGGGCUUCUAUAUCCGCGACGGCGUGAGCGUGCGCGUCACACCGCAGGGCGUGGAGAAGGUUCCGGGCGUGUUCAUCUCGCGGCUGGUGCGCGGCGGGCUGGCCGAGAGCACGGGCCUGCUGGCCGUCAACGACGAGAUCCUGGAGGUGAAUGGCAUCAAUGUGGCCGGCAAGUCCCUGGACCAGGUGACGGAUAUGAUGGUGGCCAACAGCCACAACCUGAUCGUCACCGUCAAGCCGGCCAACCAGCGCAACAACGUGGUGCAUCGUGGGAGCAAGACCUCAGUGGGGGCCAGCUCUGCUGGCUCGGGAGGCUCCACCGUCUCACAGGACUCCGCCCCCAGCCCCACCUCCCAGACCGUCAGCCAGUACAGCAACAGCAACAGUGUUGCUGAGGGUGACAGCGACGACGAAGGCGACCUCAUAAUUGAGAGUGACGGCAUGCCCGUGUACACCCCCCACCACAGUUUACCCAACGGCAACAGUAGUCACGCCGACGCACUGUCGCUGUCGGCGCCGCCGCCUCCGCGGGGACAAAGGCCCCUCCCCCAGAGCGUGUCUCUGCCCAGUACUAGCUCCCUGUCUGACAGCAAGGCCUCCCUGAGCUCUCUGACCACACCCACCCACAACGGUAGCCCCAGCAAGACCAGCAGCAGUCAGGAGAGCAUGCGCGAGGACGGCAACUUCAUCACGCUGUGAGAACUAUGAAGACAACACACAACAACAACAAACAACAAACACUGCUAGCCCUUACGCAUACUCCGCACAACUUCCUUAUGCACAGCCAUACUCUUAUGCGCCCACCUGAACAGCCUCUCAUGGUGCUGGAACUCAGAUCUGAAUACCCAGCCCAAGUUAUAGCUGACUCUGGAGGGAAUUUGGCCCUGAGCUGCUGUGGAGCUACCAGAUCCUUGCUAGAUCAUGGCCAGUUUCACUCUGGUCUGCUGGUCUGCUGUUUUGCUCUCCUUAACCAAUGUGAGGCAAAAAUGAAGGCGGAUGAAUCUCAUGCCAAACCUAUAGGAUCACUUCUUGAGGAAAUUCACUGAUGUCUCCCAAAUGUCUCUCUGACACGGUCAGCUGUGUUGUUAGGUACUGAAGCUGCUCUGUUAGGUACGAGGGACCUGAGCCCCUCGCAUGCAUGGCUGUCACCCAUGGAAGUGCCUUAAAGGCUUUCCGCUCUCCUACUCGCCUUAUUAUUCUUGCUUUCAAAAAUCAGGUCUAGGCUUUUUAUUUCCUCCUCCUCCCCCUCCAUCAUCUAUCCUCCCAACCCAAGAAAACUGUGAUGUGUGCACUGAUCGAGUGAACUAGCAAGGUCACACAGGGGUCACCCCAGCACACAUGGACUGUGACUGCCAUGUGCCGUCCGCUAAUUUGAGACGCUAAAUUAGAUCAGAUCCCUUUGAGUUUGCUCAGUGAGGAACUCCAACCCUCCUCUCUAAGACACUGCUUCUCCCACAGGACCAGAAAGUGCUCGACACUGACUAACCAUAAAUCAUCUGUCCUCCUCAUGAUGCCUCUAACUGGAGAGAUGGGAUAGCAAUGAUGAGUAGGGAGAGACUGAUUAUAAUGAUGAUGACAGUGGAAGUGUGGUAUCUCCAACUGUAACGAUCAAAUCAGAGAUUGUACUGCACUGCUUUCUGUCUUUUAAUAUUUCUCCUUGCACACUGAGGCUCCCAGUGCUCCUUCAGCAUUCAGGCCAGCUUUUAUUUAUUUAUUUUUAAAAUGUCAUUUUAAUGAUGCAUCCACAGACAUAUCACCAGGCCUACUGACACUGAAAGUUACUGAACAUAGCCCUGUAAAUUAUGAUUUCAACCCACUGACAACCUUCUGGGCUCUGUUUCUGAAAAGUGGAGCAAGUAGCAACAAACAUGAAAAAAGGAUGAACUUAAGCAUGGAUAGCAUUAACCAGUGAACCAGAGAGCAGAGGCGUGCUAAAUUGCGGGGGAGUACACAUGUACACAACACCUGUACAAGGAGGACUUUUGCUACCAAUCAUGCUUUGACUUUAAGUUUAUUCCUAGGUACAUGGUGGACAAACUGGUAAUGAUAUUACCUGUCCACUAGUUUGUUUUCAUACAUUUUGUGUUGCACUACAGUUCUGUUGCAGCCUAGAGUAAUGCAUCUAAGUCUGAACAUUCUGGCUCCAGGGCAGAUUUACACAUUCUCUUGUAGUUUGCUCCUUUCAGGCUAUCCCCUCCAAAAACGGCAUACUAGCACAACAAAAGUACCAGAGGGAGUGUUUCUCCAGAAGGUCAUGGACUCUCAUAGACUCAGCUGUCUGCGGGCCGUCUUGUGGGUUUCGUGUUUUCUUGUAGUAAAAAAAGGAAAUUCUUCUCAUGUUUGAAAAGCCCCGAAUUCUGCACAUUGGGACCUUGUCUACACACAGCCCCCCCCCUGCUCUGAUAUUCAGGGCUGUGGGGGGUUUAUUUGUAGAGGGAGGUGUCACGGAGCGUGUUUGUGUGUGUCUGUGUGCGUGUGUGUGCGAAGGGUUCUGACACAGAUCAGUGAAGUGGAUGCUGUGUCUCAGAGAAAUCCGUGAGGUUUAUUUGGAGGAUAUUGUGUUUCAGCAGAAGUCCUGGGGUGGUAGAUGGACACUCUACCACCCCAGAAAUCUCUGAGGAAGUACCUGUGUGGUACCCCCACCUCACCCUCCUCAAGCCCUGCAUCCUGAUCCUAUGAACAGACCCCACCGCUAAGGUGGCUGAUGCCACAAGCAUAGAGCUUCCUUCCUACAAACCCUAGACAAAAAAGCAGGGCACAUAAGAUGGAACCCAGCAUUAGUCUUGAUUAAGGCUUUGGCUUUUAAUGAUAAACGUGGUCUUGCAUAACCAAGGUUCUCUUCACAUCCGAAGUCCAUCUUCGCAACUGGUUCAUCAUCCGAUGCCACGUUGAAAAAAUGAAAAAGAUAAAUGAAUUUAAGCAAUGACAUGCAAGACGUCCCAGGUCAGGCUAGCUCUACUUUUGAGUAGGCUACUACCUGGAGGGCAUUUUCUCCAUCUGGAAGAGAAAACAGGUAAGAAAGGAGCUAAAGGAAGACACUAGUGUUUCUUUAACACUGAUGGGGAUCAUUUAGAAUUUCUCGACGGAGUCCCUGGUUAUGGGUUGGUUUUCGUAAGGAGUCUCUAUGUAGUGGCUCAGACUGACUACUUGUUGGACACUCUCACAAACAUAUUGUCAUAAUAAUCACUAUUAAACAAUGUGGGCUGAAUAUUGUUUUAAGUGUAAAUGUACAUGUGUAAAGGCAAAAUAAAAGAAAGGACAUUUUUGAUAAACAUGGAGCCCUUUUAUAAGACAGAACAUUUUAUAUAUGUGUGUGUAAUAUAUGGAAAGUAUUUUUCUUAUUCUUGUACUUUUGUAUGUAUAUGAGAAAAUUUCUAUUUCUGAAUAUCAUAGAGCCAAGCCUAAAUCAAAUGAAACUUGUGUUUUUAUUAAUCACAUGGGUAAAGGUGUACAGUACUGUGAAUGUUAAAAGUUGAUUAUAAAAUGUUCUAUGAAGGAAAAUAAAACUAUUCAAAACAAA